AUGGCUAAACCUAUGGCUAUCCUACUCAACCACCUACCCAACUACCUAUAUAUCAUCCUCAAGUACCUCCACGGUAAUCCUAUUUGCCAAACUAAUGGCUAUCCGCACUCAUGCGCUACACUGUUAGCUAAGCUAAUGGCUAUCAUCCUCAAAUAUCUCUUGGCAAUCCUGCUAGCCAAACUAAUGGCUAUCUCGCCUCACCCACCUAUUAGCCAAGCUAAUGGCUAUCAUCCUCAAGUGCCUCUUAGCAAGAGUGAGCACCAUCAAAAUAUACGGAGACUCACAAUUGAUAAUCAAUCGGAUACUAGGUCAUGCCAAGUGAGAAGCCUUCAAAGUCCGGAAUGGUUGCUCGUAAAGGUUGAGCACCUGGCUCGGCUUGGACUCUUUCCACUUCGGAAGAAGAGGAAGAAGAAGGUAGGAGCUACGGCCUAG